AUGGGACUCCGCAUGCGUGCGACGGCAAUGAUCAUUACGUUCCAUAUUGCCAUCGUCGUCGAGCCCGUGCGGAUGUGCAGUCGGUCAAUCUGUAGAAGGGUGAGGAUAGCCGUGAGGGGUCGGAGCUGGGAAUCUAUCCGAGGUAGGCAUCUUAGAGUCGUAGUGAAAGAGCAGAAGCCAGGCCGGGAACAAACACAAAGGAGAAAGUUUCUUCUGUCGAAGCAGGAGAAGGGCAACAGGAAUCAGGGCACCAAGAAUAGGAAAGAGCAGAGAUCAGAACAACUGAAGGGAAGAUCCUCUGACUUCUGCAUUGUCACUCUGGGCUCAUGA